CUUUCAUUUUUUCACUUUUAUUUAUUUUCGGCCAGUUUGUUGUUGUGUUUUGUUUUGGUUAACACUAACGUCAGUUGCGUUGUUUUUAUUCAUAAAUUCUUGCUAACUAAUUUGUUGACUGCCAAGCAAGUUGAAAAUUUUUUGGUGAUUUAAGAUAUUGUGACUGGGAGUGAUGGCAUCGAGGCUAGUGAGCUGGUGGCAGAACGCACUGCGCAGGCGGCCCGUGAUCACCAACACUGCUGUGUACGCGACCUUCUACACGGCGGCCGAGCUGUCGCAGCAGACGUAUAACAAGAUCUAUGCGUCUGAAAAACCUGAAUAUGACUUCGGUUCGGCGGCACGCAUCGUAGUAGCAGGGAGCACCGUCUAUCCAACUGCAUUGUAUUAUUGGUACAGAUUUUUGGACAAGACGUUCGCGGGAACUGCAGUGAAAACAGUGGCUAAGAAGGUGGCUGCUGAACAGUUUAUUGCCACUCCAAUAUUGCUGGCAGCUUUUUACACGCUAAUCGGUGUUCUCGAAAGAAAGGAAGACGUGUUUGAAGAAUUGCGGGAAAAGUAUACAAAGACAUUGAUAGCAAACCAGGCGUUCUGGAUUCCCUCCCAGACUGUGAACUUCUUUUUUGUGCCUCCUCAUUUGAGGGUGGUGUACGUUGCUACAGUGUCUUUCGUGUGGAUAAAUGUUCUGUGCUUCAUCAAAAGACAGAAGAAUGGUAAAGUUGCUGAGAAAUAGGAGUUAUGACGUUAAUAAGGAAUCAAGUUAUUUAAAGGUGUACAAAAGUGCUAAUAUAGCUCGUUUAAGUAACAAGGACUUGUAGUUUAUGGUAAUAAACUGAUUGUAUUUGCAAGAUAUGUAAAUAAAUGUGUAAAUAAUUGAAUAUUUUAUGUAUCAUGAAUAUAAAUAAAUGCAUGUAUGUACCUUUAACAGAUGUGAUAAUCUAAAUUAACAUUGACACUGGUAGGUAGCAUACAAAAAUGUAGAAAUUAAUUUAGGAAAUGAUGUAUGAUUUAUAAUUUUGUUAAUUAAAUGCUAGCAAUAAGAUUAGUAGUUACUUAAGUAAAAUAAGUACAAAAUGCAUUAAUCACGUUGUUACAACGUCACCUGUGCAAGUUCCUCUUGUGUUAAUAGCAACUAAUUGAUGUAACAUAUCAGCGAUCGGUACGAAUAAAUAAAAAUAAAUUGUUUGUCAGUAAU